UCACCUGUUGUAAAUCUGCAAAUCUUGUUUUUUUUUUCAAUGAAAUUAAAACUAUAUAAUAGGAUUACAAGGGUCAAAAUUUGUUUGAAGAUUUUAAUAUAAAUUAUACACCAACAAUGUUUUUAUGUAAAUUGGUUCGUCGAUUGUACACAACUGAAGAAAUAGAGAAGAGAGUGGUGCACGAUGAUCGUAUGACAGCUAUUAAGAGUAAAAACUUAUUUCUGUUUUAUCUGAACCUAAAAUUUUUUUUUUGGUUAUCUUUUAGAAGCUGUUAGAAUAGCUUAUUAUCCAGAUGAACAAGUCAAAUUUAAUCUCUUUUGGGGAACAGAAGCUCAUCUUUCACUUCAAGGUCAAUGUCGAGCUCAAAAAUCUGGUACUCGAAAACCAGAACGUGUAAAUGGUAAUCAUUUGGAUAAUCAUCCUAUUGAAAACAACAACAUUUAA